CACGUGGAGACGCACGGCUUCUUCACCAGAAAUGCGCGGGGCAUUUUCGAAUCCUACUCGCCCGGUACCGUCUGCUUCCUUAACCAAAGGUGGCGCCGUCCCACCUUUCCCGGGCCGGGCUGGAGGCAGCCGGGGGGAGGAGGCAGGUCAGAGAAGGAGUCGCCAAAGCGUCCCCGCUUUCCUCCGAGAGACCGUGCCCGGGACGGCGCGCGCACCCUUUCCAACUCCGCUGAGCUGUCGCCGUCCUCCCUCCGAACGAGGUCCCCUGCAGCCAGGUGCACCGGGCGAGAGGGAAGCGGGACCUGCGCGCCUGACCAUGGGGCCCUUGAGCCGGGAAACCUGGGCCCAGCGCCUGGGCGCCUUCCGGGCCAGCCCGUCCGCCUUCAUGGCAGGUCCUGAGGGUGAGGAUCUGGGUCGUGACCUGCUGAGCGACCUGAGGAGUGAGAAGCUGAGCGAGCAGACCAAGGUUUCCUUGCUGGCCCUGAGCUUGGAGUACCCAGCCGAGCUGUGGCCUGAUACCCCUGCAGCUGAGGCAGCCGUCACCUCCCUGUUGGACACUCUGGACCUUCUACCCCCACGGUCCUCAGCUCUGCGGCGGCCCCUGUUGCUGGCGGCUACCACAGCCUUGGUGGCAGGAGGUGCACUGGGCCCCACCUCUGGAGCCUCUCUCCGGCUCCUGCCCCUACUCCUUGGCUUGGCUUCUGGCCGCGCUCUGGGGCAAGGUAUUGGCCCCUCCUCGGAACAGCGCCCCCUGCAGGCCACGGCGUGCGAGUGCCUGCGGGAGCUGGAGAGCUGCAAACCUGGGCUGCUGGGGGGUUACCUGGGGCUGCUACGGGGUCUGCUGGGGCAGGGGGGCCCCGUGGGCCCUGUCCAGCCACUCAGCCUGCUGCUGGCACUUGCCCUUCGCAACACCUUGGCGAUACAGGCUAGGGCCAGGGCUAGCCUGCAGGGUCUGCUUACAGCCAGGGUGUCUCCCACUGGGGGUGGCCCCUGGAACUGGACACUAGCUGAAGAGGGCGAUGCCCACCUUCAGCCCCAGGUGUCCCCCUGGCUGGCAUCUGAGGAGGAGGAGUGUGGCCUUUCAGCGCUAGAGCCUAGUCCUGAGGAGGCCCUGGAGCUGCGGGCUGCCGUGGCCCAGCUUUUGGACACCUCCUAUCUGCUCACUCCUGUGGCCCAGGCCCAGCUUCUUUGGCAGCUGGGCUGGGCCCUGCGGGGUCUGCGGGGACAGCUCCCAGUGCUCUUCAAGCCGCAGUUGGUACGGCUGCUGGGCACAGCACAGCUGACUCUGCUGCACGCUGUCCUGGCACUCAAGGCCGCCUUCGGCGAGGCGCUGUUCACAGCCCAGGACGAGGCCUUGCUGCUCCACAGGCUCAUUUUGGCUGCCCAGCACCCAGCCCUGCCCCUGCCUGCCCAUCUCUUCUACCUGCACUGCCUCCUGAGCUUCCCCGAGAACUGCCCUCUGGGCCCCACAGGCGAGGAAGCUCUCCCACUGCUGCUAGAGCCCCAGCUGUGCUGUGGCCUCCUUCCCAGUCUCCUGCUCGACCCAAUGGCCCUCCUGGCCCGCCUGCAUCUGCUGUGCCUGCUGUGUGCUGAAGAUGAGGAAAAGGAGGAGAAAGGUCAGGGUCAGAGCCCCCGGCGCUACUUGGAGGAGCUGCUGGCCAGCCUGUGGCAGAGGGCAGCCCUGCAUGGGGGCCCCCGGGCCUUGGCCACACUUUGCUUCCAGGCCUCAUACCUGGUUGCUCACUGCCUGGCUGGACAACCUACAGUGCUGAGGCCCUUGAUUCGUGGACUGGCCCAUCUGUACCGAGCCCGGCCUGUGCUGGCUCCCCAUUUUGUGGACCUCUUGGAUCAGGUGGGCUCUGAACUGGGGGAGCCCCUAAGGGUGGUGUUGCAGCAAGAGGUGGUGUCCAGGCCAGGUGGGGAUGAGGCCCUUGGUUGGCACCUGCAGAUGCUGGCAAAGGUGGCAGACCGGGAUGCCCAGAGUGCCACCCUCAGCUUCCUGCAGGCUGCAGCUGUUCACUGCACAAACUGGGGCCUCCAGCAGGCCCUGCUGCAGGUCUGCCGGGCCCUGCUUCGGGCAGGUGUUGGGGGAGGCCUGGCAGACUUGUUGCAGGCCCUGGCCAGGCAGCUAGAGGACCCAGAUGGACGGGACCAUGCCCGCCUCUACUAUAUCCUCCUGAGCCAUCUGUCAGCGCCCAAGCUGGGGGUGGCCCUGGGUCCCUCACUUGUUGUACCUGCACUAGCCUCUUCACUGGUGGCUGAGAAUCAGGGCUUUGCUGCGACACUGAUGGUGCAGGAGGCUCCAGCCCCGAUUCAGCUGAGUGUGGGGGCCCGCAGAGCCGAGGGCCCGGUCCCAGUGCUGCAGCUCCAGGUGGAGGUGCUGGAGCCUGUGUACUCUCUGGAGCUGCGCUUCCGCGUGGAAGGACAACUCUAUGCACCCCUGGGGGCUGUCCACGUGCCCUGCCUGUGCCCUGGCCGCCCCGCCCGCCCUCUGCUCCUGCCCCUGCAGCCCCGACGCCCGGCCCCCACACAGCUGGAUAUCCGCGCCCUGUACACCACAACCACUGGCCUCACAUGCUAUGCCCACCUGCCACCCCUGCCUGUGAACUUUGCUGACCUCUUUCUGCCUUUCCCUCAGCCCCCUGAGGGGGCCACACUGGGCUUCUUUGAGGAGCUCUGGGAGUCUUGCCUGCCAAAGGGCACUGAGAGUCGCUUAUGGUGCCCUCUUGGGCCACAGGGUCUGGAGGAUUUGGUGUCCCGCCACCUGGAGCCCUUUGUGGUGGUGGCCCAGCCCCCCACUAGCUACCACAUAGCCAUUCGCCUGCCCCCCGACUCGAGGCUGCUGCUGAGGCUGGAGAAAGCCCAGGCAGAGGGAGUGCCGGUGGUCCUGCGGACGGAUGACUGGUCCGUGCUCCCCCUGGUGGGGGACUACCUCCGUGGUCUGGCAACUGCUGUCUGAGCCCAAAGGCCAGGACACAGUCCUAUGGCUCCUUCCUGUAAAAACCUACAUUCACCAAUGACCAUCACUGGUUUGUUUUCUUCUGGACGCUGAUCGGGGGCAGAACCACUGGGAUGAGCGUCAGAAUCUCCAAGAAAGCUUCCAGGCUAGGAACCCUCAGGCUACAGGGCUCCAAAGUUCCUCCCUAACCGAAUAGGCUGGCAUUCUCCAGAAUCCCUACCCAGGAGGCAAGAGAAAAAACAUUUUCAUCUCUGCUUCCCAGAGAGGGUCUGGCCUUGCCCAAAACCACCCAGCAAUUUAGGAAUGAGCCUGGAGCUGGAUUUGGGCCUCCGGACCCGUGGGCCAGCGUUUUUCAAUUCCUGAGGUUUGCCUCAGGGAUCUCAGGCUAGAUAGGAUGAUGGAGUGUCAGCCAUAAACAGUGAGAGGAAGUGGUAACCCCUUCCCUGGGGAGGGAGGCUCCCCCCAUGCUACAUGGAUUGGAGCCAGCUCUAGGAAGGGCCUGCUAGUAGUUCUGAGGCUGAGAGGGGUCUCCAUGAUCUGUGCUAAAACUAAGCUGGCUUUCACCUCAUCCUCUAGGAAACCUCAUCUAUGGACCUAGGCAUCUUCUCAAGUAAGAACCAACCCCCUAGUUCUUAUUCCAAAUAUGUAAGAUAUUUAGGGUUCCGACGUAUUGAGGCCAGCUCAGCUGUCAGGCGCUGAGCUAGUGUUUUCCACAUACAUUGCGUCAUUUCAUCCUUGCAACAGCUUAACAGGGCCCCACAGAUGAGGAAAUCAGGAGGCCAGAGGGGUUGAGUGAUUUUCCUAUGAUGGCCCAGCUGGUUGGUAAUCGUGUUUUGUCAUCCCGGAGCAGGUUUCUGUUACCACACCAUCAGAGCAAAGCUCUGCAUGGGACCCAGAGGCCCCACCCUCUGUGCCCUGGGCCGGCCCCUAGGAGGCUGCAGUGAGCAGUGCUGGGUGGAGAAUGACCAGAGGCUGAAGCCUUACUGCUCUGGGGAAAGGGCCUAUUCUGCUCCUGCCUCCUCAGCUCCCAGCCCACAGAUUCCUGUGGGCCAGUCUUGACCCUCCUGAUGAGCAGGCUACAAAAGGAAAGAAGGGCCUGGGACAAGUGGGGCUGUUAUAGGUCGUGUAAGAAGGUCUGCCCCAAGCUUGAGCUCCUGCAGUAACUUACUGUGUGAUCUGGACAAGCCAUUGCCAAAUCAGGAAGGGUUUGGUUCCAGGAGACAGAAACUUCUCCAGCUGUUUGCAGCAGAAAGGGAUUUAAGAUAGAAUCAGGUGCUUACAAAAUCUCGGGGAAGGCUGGAAAAGUGACCCUCCAGAAGGCCACCACUAGGACUGUUCCAGAACAUACUGCCCUGUCUGCAGUCCAGUUCCUCUCAGCACCCGGGAAGCUGGGCCCAGAUCCUGGAACAUCCCACUACUGCCUCUUGACCCCCGCAAAGCCAGAGAGCUGAUGGUGCUGCAGAAAGACUGAACCUGCCACAACUGGCAAACGGCCUCAGCCUUGGUUCCUCCGUCCACAUCAUUCAUAGGGUGUCUAAUAAGUGGGAUCUGUUUCUCACACAGACCUCUAGUGGCAAAGGAGUUGGAAAAUGUACUUGUUUUCUUUUUAACCUCAGGUGCAGAAGGUGGUGUUAAUCCUUCACCUACGAUUAAGAUGAUUGGCCCACAUAAGGACUCAUCAGCCAUCCUUUUGUCCAUCUGUCCAUCCAUGCUUCCAUCCCAUUGUAUCCACCCACUCCUGUGCUGGGCACCAUGUGACCUCCAGCUCCCCUGCCACCCCACCAUCACAAGUGCGCCUCAGCGAACAUUCUUACAGACCUUUGUGACAGUUUACCUAGGGUUCAUACCAGGAGCAGAAUCGCCGAUUGUAGUGUGUCCAUGUGCUUAAUUUGACUAAGAUGUCCGAGUAAUUCAUUUUCAGCCUUGCGUCCUCUCAGUAAGGGGAGCCACGCUGUGAGGUAGGGGUUGACCCUUGGUGAGCCAGCCUGCGAUUCCCACCACAGCCCACCCCUCUGCACUCAGUAUCCACAUAACCUCUGCUCCUCCUUCAACUUCCCAAAGAUCAUGCCAACAGGCUCAUACAACCAAAACUUCCCAGAGGGGAGACCCCAAGUCCCCCCAGCCAGUGUCCACCUGUGUGGACAUGCCCAGUGUUCACCAAUGGCCGGUUCUCCACUUCAGGCAUUCUUGCACCCUUCCCCACCUCCUGGGUGUUAGGCCAGGCCGUGGGACCAGCUCUGGCUCAUGAGACGUGAAGAGUUAGUUCUGGACGUUUUAUUGCCGGCGGCGCUUCCACCCCUCUCUCCCCUCCCCCGCGGUGGAAGGAUACAUUGGAGGUUCUGAAGAGUUUCGUCAUAAUCUCACCUUGAUACACUGUAACAUGCAUUAGAUUAUGAAGUUAAUCAUCAAUAACACCCACUUUAUAUGAAACAAGGAAAGACGUGGAAGGGUAUCGGUUAAUCUAUAUUUUACUUGCAAGGAAGAAAGUAUUG